GAGGGAAUAAAUUUUCAUUCUCUACUUGCUAACACAUUACCUUAGCUGCUAACUCGUAUCAACUGAUGAGUCAAAUGAACUACAGUGGAGUUUUGGAGAACCCGUUCACCAUUUAAGAGCUACCGGAAGCCCAAAAGUGAAGUAAAACAGGCUGAUAGCGUCUGGUGUUCAUGCUUCCCCCAGAAGACUCCAGCCUGACCGGAGAUGGCCCAGCAGCACAUGUGGAUCUGGUUCCUUUGCCUGCAGACCUGGUCUGAAGCAGCAGGAAGAGAUGCAGAUUCACACCUGGUGGAUGGAAUUCUUGGGGAGUCAGUUACUUUCUCCUUAAAUAUUCAAGAGCCACAGAAUGUUAAGAACAUUGCCUGGACUUCUAAAUCAUCCGUUGCUUUUGUCAAACCAAGACUCCAAGGAGAACCACCUGAUGUUAUUGUGACCCAGGCGGCUUAUGAAGGACGAAUAGAUGUCAUAAAACAGAACUAUGACCUAAUCAUUAAAAACCUGAGAACGGAAGAUGCAGGAACUUACAAAGCAGACAUAAAUAUAGAGAAUACCCCCACCAUCACAAAACACUACCAUCUUCAUAUUUACCGUCGGCUUGGAAAACCAACAAUUACACAGAAUUUAAUAACAUUUGUGAACAAUUCUUGUAAUGUCACACUGACCUGCUCUGUGGAGAAAGAAGAAGAGGAUGUCACCUACAGUUGGAGUCCCUUUGGAGAGAGAAGCAACGUCCUUCAAAUCUUCCAGUCCCCUGAGGAUCAAAAACUGAAUUACACAUGUACUGUCCAGAACCCUGUCAGCAACAGCUCCAACUCUGUCACUGCCCAGGAACUCUGCACAGACAUUUCAAGCUUCUACGUCCGCCAUGCUGUGUUGCCAAGUGGACUGGCUGUUGCUCUCCCUCUGCUUGUUCUCAUUCCAUUUUCAGUGUUUCUAUUCUAUUUUUACAAGAGAAGGCACAAUGGGACUGACCUGGAAGGUGAUGUCUCAAAGGAAACAGCAUACUCUGAAGUUUCAAGAAAUGCUCAUCCCAUGGAGUCCAGAAUCUAUGAUGAAAUCCCUGAGGCCAAGGUGCUGCCCCGCAAGGAAGAGCCAAUGAGCACCAUUUACUCCUCAGUGCAGCCUUCUGAGAAGGUGUGGAAAAACAACACGAAGGAUGACAGACGUCCCAAGACUUUGGGUAAUGAAAUUAUCGUCUAGGUGAGCAAAUAGCGUUCUCCCACCAGGAACUGAAGUUACAAGCAGCAAUAGGACAGGUGUCCUGGAGACCAAGACUUUCUCUGGCUGUCCCAUACUAUGGCAUUCCAACUCACCACCUCCAAACACACAGGCAGAGCAGGAAACCUUCUAUUAUUGGACAUUACUUGUACCCAAAUGGACUUAUGGACACUUGUCCUUACUUAUCAAAUCCUUUCUAUGCAAGAAGCAAGACAGAGUCCCUAACAUGGUACCUCCCAAACUUCUUCACAUCACAGAAAAUAGAAGAGUUAUUUUAUGGCACACUGGAUGAAAUCAUCAAGGUCACUCACAUUUAAACAAGACUGAAGAUAGCUGGGAUUGUCAGCUCUAGCUGCAGCAUCACUACCCAACAGCUGUGGGAAGAUAUCAGUCAAUAUUUUGAACACUUGGAUGUUCUCUGCAGACUCAACAUGCAUAAGGAAACCUGAUGCAUGGCCUCCAUAGUUGCUACAGUACCUUAAGCAACUUAGGAGAGGCAUGCUUGGAGUAUAAGUAACCCCUCACUUGAACGCAUGGCAUGGCAAGCCAAGUAUAGGCUACCCCUACUCAUUCCUCAAUUCAGGAGCCAUCAUGCAGGACGCAGCUGCUGAGUUGUGGCCCUCAGCCAGGCUCAUACAUUCUCUAGAGUACAGACUAGACUGCUAGAGAUCUUCAGAAGCCUCAUAAGAUUUCCUGUCUGGCCAGGCUUUCCUUCCCUGUGUAUUACUUCAGACAGCCUCAGCGAAAAGACACCAUGCCCAAGAGCCUCACUCUCCAAAAAGAAUUGGCCAGCUACAUUUCUGACACCCUGAGGGAAGUGGGUGCAACCAAACCAUCAAACCAAGAGAUCUUGAGGACUGCAGAGUCAUGCACAUAAGAGGGAACCUGGGAGAUGACAUUGCAGAUGGUGAAACUGGCUUCACCCCAGCUGCUGUUUCAGCCAGCUCAGACAGGCACAGGGUUCAAGCUAAGGAGGAGUUCCUUCACCCCAGCACCACCACCACCCCCCCCCCCACACACACACACACAAGCUCAAAACCAGCUGCCAGUCAUGAGGAAGAAUUUCCAUCUGGACAGGGCAGCAUGUGAUCAUUUGAGGCCACGGCUAUCAUUUGUGUCAACAAUCCUUACCAGCUAAAUCUCAAAUGCCCAUGGAUACCAGGCUCCACUGUAGGAAUGAGCUGUAUUUGGGUACAAUAAAAUUGCGUGUCCCACAAAGGUCCUGGGCACAUUUGAAAGCGUGAGAGGUACUGCUAACUUGUCCUCUGAUAAGGCUAAACUGAUUUUUGUUUUCAGUAAAUGUGCUGGUGUCCUUAUGCCCUCACUCUGCCUAUCUGGCAGGUGAAAUUUUUCUCCCAUAGGCCCAAAUACUUACUGUUGAUUGUAUUCAUUCUGUUUUGAAAAUUUGUUGAUAUCUGUCAGGUCCCAAAGAAACCUGGAACAAAUAAAUAACUGAGUUGCCUGUUAGCAUACCAAAGAGUAUGCUGGCCAGGUUCACUCAGCCUGUGGCUUCUCUCUGCUCUUCCCACCCCAUCCCCUAGCCUAACCCUCUCCAGCCCAGGGGCUUCACUUCCCUUCCCAGCCUCUGAUUCCUCUCUCUCUCUCUCUCUCUCUCUCUCUCUCUCUCUCUCUCUCUGUGUGUGUGUGUGUGUGUGUGUGUGUGUGUGUGUGUGUGUGUGUGUGUGUGUUUGAGUCUUCCUUCUCUCUUGGUCCUCUUGGCCCUCCUCUCUCCUCUCUUCCUCUCACUCUACCCCCACCCCCUCUUUCUCUCCUUUCACGGCGUGGUCUAUUCUGCUGGCUUUGUUCAAUCUGCCACUUUCUCUCUCUGCUCUGGAAUCCUUCAGAUGCCCCUGGCUGUACACUCCCUCACGUCUACAAUAAAACCUUAUCUCCAACCAUACCUAGGAGCAGUCAGUGUCCUCAUUUUCAUUCAAUACCUUCUGUUCAUUUCCCUAUCGGUUUGUUUACAAAGGCUUUCCUGAAUAACCUAAAUGCCCCUAGACUUAAGAAUGAAUAAAGAUGUGGUACCGGUACCAAGGAUGGCCUCAGCUAAGACCCUAAGCAAUAAAAGAGAGGGUACCCGAACUGGCCUUGCCCUGUAGUCAGACUGAUGAAUAUCUUAAAUAUCACCUCAGAACCUUUGUCCAGUCACUGAUGGAAACAGAGGCAGAGACCCACAUUGGCGCACUGGACUGAGCUCCCAAAGUUCAGUUGAAGAGUGGAAAGAAUGAGAAUAUGAGCAAAGAGGUUAAGACCAUAAUGGGUACACCCACUGAAACAGUUUACCUGAGCUAAAGGGAGCUCACCAACACCAGCCAGACUGUGAAGGAACAAGCAUAGGACCAAACUAGUCCUUCUGUAUGUGGUUGACAGUUGCAUGGCUGGGGCAGACUGAAGGGCCACUGGCAGUGACACCAGGAUUUAUCCCUACUGCUUGUACUGGUUUUUGGGAACUUAUUCUCUUUGGACGGAUGCCUUGCUCAGCCUAGAUAUAGUAGGGAGGGCCUUGAACCUUUCCCAAAGCAAUGUGCCUUGCCUUCUCUGAGGAGUGAGUGGGA